AUGCGUUUCCCAUCCGCAAUGACCGUCUUCGCGCUACUCGACCGCGCGCUUGCCGCCCAGGACAGCUCCGCCAAGUACACGGCGCUACCAGGCUAUUUUCAGCUGUUCCCGCACGAGGGCGCGGGGAGCGUGGCCGCGCCGCCCGCGGCGGAUCCCGUGAACUUCGUGCAUGCGCAGUCGUGGGAGGAGCUCUUCGCCAGUGUGCCCUCGGACGCAAAGCUUCUGAUUUUCCAACGCCAUGCCGAGGGCCUGCACAACGCCGCGGAGGCCCGCUACGGCCACGAGGCGUGGGACGACUACUGGUCUAAGAUCGACGGCGAUGAGUACGGGACCUGGGUCGACGCACAGCUCACGCCGAAGGGCCAUCAGCAGGCAAGUGCAUCCUCCGAGCACGUGGGCGCGCUGGUCCGCGCGCUGGGCAUGCCCGAGCGCCUGUACUCGUCGCCGCUGCGCCGGUGUCUCGAGACCUUCAUCGAGGCGUGGGCCCCCGUGGCACAGUACAUCUCCGAGCCCGUGCUGGAUCUUUAUGUUCGCGAGGGCCUGCGUGAGACGCUCGGCGUGCACACGUGCGACCGCCGCGUGCCGCACUCGCAGGCCGUGGCCGCGUACCAGGGACAUCGCCUGGCAAACAGCACCCUACAGCUGCACUACGAGCCCUAUUACACCGAGCCGGACACGCUGUGGACAGUGGCGCACCGUGAGACCACUCCGGAAAUUCGCAACCGCGUCACGAAGGCCCUGGACCGCAUCCUAGAUCGGCCGGAGCGCUACAUCUUUGUUACCGCACACUCGGAGAUGAUGGACGCAGCGCUACACGCGUUGCAUCACCCGAGGGUCAACCACGUGCCCAAUGCAGGCAUCCUGUACCUGGUCGUGGGGCACAUCCGGACCCCAGCCCAGGCGAGUGGUUGA